AUGUCGUUUUCCUCGGGGUCGUCUGCUUUCGUCCGGCCGGUUCCCUGGAUGGCCGAAAGAGUUGUGUUUGAGGACUCGCAGUUCGGCCGUUGCUUGGAGAAUUCGAAGCUGAAAAUUAAAGAAGUUAUCUGUUAUAUAAAAUCCAACGUCACGGAAGAGUUAGCCGGGCAACGAAGGGAAAUGUCUGGUAAGAAGUGUGACAGUCCCGAAGCCAGGAUGUUCUUACGUUCCCCUGAGAGAGCAUUUGAGGCUAGUAGACAUGGAAGAUCUUCAUCCUUCCCGAGAGAUUAUGGAGAGUCGUAUGGAUUAGUUCCUGACAUUUGGGGAAACUUCGGAUACGGUCUUGCAUCUGUGCAGCAUCCCCGGCAGAGUACAGGUAAUCGGGUUAAGCCCGUGUAUACGCCCACGUGGGCUGCUGGCGGAGUGGACAGGGAAAAGGGCUGUUGUACCAGGCUGUUCCAAGUGUUCUGGGCAAACGGUAAGCUCCCUCAGGACUUCAGGGAUGCUAACAUCAUCCACUUGUAUGAAAACAAGAGUGAUCGCUCGUGCUGUGAUAACCACCGCGGGAUAAGCCUACUCAGCAUUGCAGGCAAGAUACUAGCCCACACUUUGCUGAACCGGAUCACCAAGCACAUACUGGAUGAUGUGGUGUCAGAGAGUCAAUGCGGCUUCAGGAAGCAGAGAGGCACUGUGGAUAUGGUCUUUGCCAUCAGACAGAUACAAGAAAAAUGUGUCGAGCAACACCAAGACCUCCUCCUGCUCUUUAUUGACCUUACAGAGGCAUUCGAUACAGUGAACCGUCCUGCACUCUGGGCAAUACUUAGCAAGCUUGGUUGGCCACCUCGAUUCGUAAAGAUCAUCCGCUCCUUCCAUGAUGGCAUACUUGGCAGAGUCAUAGAAAAUGGUGAUGCUUCUGACCCUUUUUCGGUGGCAAAUGGCGUAAAGCAAGGUUGUGUGCUCGCCCCAACUCUCUUCAGCCUCCUUUUUGCACAGAUGCUUUCUGCAGCGCUCGCCCGAACUAAUGCAGGAGUCACAGUACACUAUCGUACCGAUGGCGACUUCUUCAACAUCCGUCGGCUGAAGUCUCAUAGCAAAGUGCGUCAGGCAGUUGUGCGAGACUUCCUCUUUGCAGAUGACUGCGCAAUUGCAGCUCACUCUGAGGAAGAUCUCCAAGAGCUUGCCGACUGCUUUGCCACCGCAGCAAAGAUGUUUGGGCUGACAAUCAGCAUUAAGAAAACCGAGGUACUGAGACAGCUUGCGCCAAACACCACUCGGCCUCCAUCCAACAUCACUAUGGAUGGCAAUGCCCUGAAAAAUGUGGAGAGCUUCAAACAUCUAGGCAGCAGUAUAAAUUCUGCGACCAACCUCGACGAUGAGGUUCUGUGCCGCAUCUCCCAGGCUAGCCGGGCAUUCGGGCGUCUUCACACACGAAUAUGGCUAGAGCGGGGCAUCUCAACCAAAACCAAGCUGAGCGUAUACAGGGCUGUGGCACUACCAUCUCUCCUUUGUGGCUGUGAGACUUGGACUUGCUACAGGCGGCAUAUAAAAAAAAUAGAUCAAUUUCACCUGCGCUGCCUGCGCAAAAUCCUCCGAGUCAGUUGGAAGGACCGUGAGCCCAAUCAGGAGAUUCUUCGGAGGGCUGGGCUCACUGGCAUUGAAGCCAUGCUGAGUCAGUCACCGCUUCGCUGGCCAGGGCAUGUCACCCGCAUGGACGACAGCAGACUUCCUAAACAGCUGUUCCAUGCUGAGCUCUCAACUGGGAAACGUCACAGAGGUGGGCAAAGGAAACGUUACAAAGAUUCUUUGAAAUCUAACCUUAAGGCCUACAACAUCCCAGUUGAUGGGUGGCAAGCCGUGGCCCUGGACCGACCGAAGUGGAGGGCAGCCAUCCGUGAGGGCAACGAGAAAUUCGAAAAUUGCAGACUGCAGAGUCUGGAUGAAAAAAGAAAGGCUAGAAAGACCAGAGUGCCUGAUCCCAGCACUGCAGUGUCCUGCGAUCUGUGCGGCAAGUUCUGGUCGACGAAGCUCUAUGAAGACCCAUCUGGGGCAAAGGACAAGGAAGCUCUAUAA